AUGUCUCGCAUGCUGCGUGCUGUGCGCCACUUGAGGGAGGCCGCGACCAAAUACUCCUUUUCUCUGUCUAUCGAGUCCCUCAAGAUACACCUCGAUGAACCAGCUACCAUCGUUCUGGACCUCUCUCGAGGCCCCCGUCGGGUGCGUGGAUCUGCUGCGAUCGAGGCAGCGAAGGGCGAUAACGAGCUGAGUCUCCACAUUCCGCUGCAUUGCAACGCAACGCUCUUCAAGCCCAAGAGCAGCACCCAGGGCGGACUCACUCGCAAGAGGAACAAACAGCAGCCAGAUGCUGCUGCUAAUGCCGACGAUGCAAUAGUCGCUUCAUCUGAUCCGGACGCCUUUCAACCAAAGGAAGCAAAGCUGCAGGUUAUCGAAUUGUCGAGGCAACGCCGGCUUGGGGGACGUCUUCUGUCUCGCGUGCGCCCCUCACCGUCCACGUCUUUGGCCUCGGUGUUGCCGCGCGAUCCUUCCGCCUCUGGCUCCGUCAUUGUAUCCCCCGAGGCAGGAGUAGAUGCUCGAGAGGCUGGAGCUGUUGUGGCAGAAGCUGUUUUUGACUUAGCGGGCCUUGUUGCCGCACAAAAGGCAGGGACGCAAAGGGUGCAUCUGCCCCUAACGAAGGCGAAGGGCAGCCUCACAAUGUCUUUUUCUUGCACCAAGCUCGAGGCAAAUGUGGCAGAUGAAGACGACUGCUUGUCCAUGUGCUCGGUCCUUGUUUCUCCCCCGCUGAAUUCUCGGCUUUCUCCGGCCCAAGGCACCAAAGGCAAGCGUCCCCUUCUGCUGAAGCACAUUCAAAGUCUCCAAUCAGCCUUCGCAAGGAGUAACAAGCCAGCCCUUGGUGUUAUGCGUGCCUCAGACGGCCACGCUGCCUUCUUCUUCGGAGACGUCUACUGCACUGAACCAGACGUUCGGGCAGCAGCAGAACGGGCAGAAGGCGACAGUAGAAGCCGGCAUCCCACUGAAUACGAAGUGACUUCCACGGGCACUCCAACGACUCCCAUCGAGGUGUCUCCAGCCGAGAGCCAGCGCUGGCCCCUGCAAGAGCAGCAGCAGGAGCAACAGCAGCAGCAGCAGCAGCGGCAGCUGGUGCAGGAGGAUCUCCAGCAGAGGGCGGAGCUGCGCCGUAAAGAUGAAUUGAUAGCGAGCCUCCAACGCCAAGUAGCCCUGAUGGAAGCAGAAGACAGGCAAGCAGCAGCUCCGCAGUUAGCGCAGCUUUUCGCGCAAAUCGACGAGCUGCACACGGCUCUGGCUGCAGCACAAGAGCAGCAACUUGCUACCGCUGAGCAGUUACAGCAAGAAAAGGAAAAGGCUGACUCUUCAGCAACUGCUGAAUUGCAGCAGCAGUUGCAGGCGGCGAAGCAGCAGCUUCAGCAUCAUGAACAGCAAAACUGCGAGCUCCAGUUACGGCUGCAGGAAUUGCAGCAGAAGUACGAUCAGCAGCAACAGCUGAUGUUGCAGGUCCAGGCAGAGAAAGACGGGAUGCAGCUCCUUGCGAACACGUACAAGAAAGAGGUGGAAGACGCGCAGCACCACCAGCAACAGCAGUCACAGCUGAUGCAGCAGGACAAGGUAGUGCUGUUAUUGCAGCAGAUCGAACAACAAAACAUGGAGAACCAGCAGCUCCACAACAAGCUAUCGGAAGAGCGAAAGGAACGAGAUGCAGCGUUGAAAGAGCUACGACUCCUGCAGCAGCUGCAGCAGCAACAGCCGAUGCAACACGACAAUGAAGGUUCCGAGCAAGCAACAGCUCUCCAAAAUCAGAUCGCCUCGUUACAGCGGCAGGUUGUCGAGGCAGGAGAGACAAGGGAGGCCUUGCGCGCAUCCAAAGAUCAAACGAUCGCCGACCUUACAAAGGCCCUUCAAGAGAUGCAGCACAAACAGGGACAGACGCAAACACUGCAUCAGCAGGCGCUGCAGAAGCUAAACAGCUACAGAGAUGAAGCAGAAGCGCUCAGGGAGAAGAUUCGGUGUCAGGAGGAGACCCUGCAGCGGCUGCCUACCCAGGCUGCGUGGUCUUGUGCACAGCAGCAGCACCAGCUCCUCCUGCAGCAGCAACGGGAGUGGCAACAACAGCAACAGGAGCAGCAGCGGCAUCAUGAACAAGAGCUAGCAGCAAAAUCGAGGCGUAUAGAAGAACUUGAGAAGGAUCUCGUGCACGCUAAAGUCGAGUUAGCUGCUGCGGAGCAGCGGCGGCACGAAGACAUUGAUGCGUUUAAAAAGAAGCUGCAGAUGGUAAAGGACACCGUGGUGGCUUACGCGGUUGCGUCCAGCAGCAACGUUCAGGCACAGCCCACCGUUCAGUCAGAUCAAAACAAAUCGAACGUCAGCAGCAGGACGAGCAGUAUCAAUGGGAAGGGCAGCCCUGUGAGGAAACUGGUGCACAUCAGCUCACUGAAGGCCUUCUUCCGAUCCAAUGUGAACCCCAGUAGCAACAGCAGCAACAGUUAUCCUGUCGUUUCCCGAAGUGCUGGUGACUCGAGCACCCUUGCAACAGCAGCGAAAGCCAGCAGUCUCACAAAUUGCGAGGAUCCGUGCAUUCGUGCAACGCCUCCAGAGACCCGCGGCUACAAAGGCCCCCCAGCACCCGUCACACUAUUUGGUAGUCAGCCGCAGCCCGGGGCCCCUGUGGGCCCCUCAGUGACGCGUUUCUGCGCGUCAAGCGGAGGGGGGUGCAGUGUUCUCACGAGCAGCCUUGCAGCUAGGUGUGUUGCUUCCCAGCCCGCGGCUGCGCAUGUGCCGCAUGCCUCCGGCUAG